GAAAAAAAGAAUGGUUUAAAGCAUGGCUCAAAGUUGAAAAAAGCUGUAGUUUCUGAGGCUUGUUAUGAUGAGAUAAUGCAUUCUGAAGAUGCAUGGGAAAUAGAGGAUGAAGAUGGGGCAGAAGAUGAAUUUAAGCCUACAAAGUCUGCAAAAAAAUUGAUGAAUUUAUUGGAAUUGGAAAAAAAGAAUGGUUUAAAGCAUGGCUCAAAGUUGAAAAAAGCUGUAGUUUCUGAGGCUUGUUAUGAUGAGAUAAUGCAUUCUGAAGAUGCAUGGGAAAUAGAGGAUGAAGAUGGGGCAGAAGAUGAAUUUAAGCCUACAAAGUCUGCAAAAAAAUUGAUGAAUUUAUUGGAAUUGGAAAUUAUGAUUAUACUAGUUGAGAUCAUAAUCAUUGUUAUAGAAAAAGAUAUAUGUAAUGAUAUAUCCAACAAUAAUGGUUGUCAAAAAAAAGCAAAAGAUUGUAUAUACAAUAAUAACACUACUUACGAAUGUAGACGGGUUGGUGGUAAUGGCGGUAGUAAAGUGAUAAACAAACAGACACAUAACGGUAUUAAAAUGAUAAAAAAACGUUCGCAUGAUGGUAGUAUUGCAACAAUAUACAGAGCUGAGGAUACAAAAAAUCACUAUAUUUCCUGA